AUGAAAAUGGAAAACAUCCGUGUAAGGCCAGUGCCUUAUUUUUAACAGCGUAUGCAGCGUAUCUAUUCUUAAAAUUGGUGCAACAUUUUCCUAAAAGUCUGGGUUUCUUAAUAUUGCGAUAUAGACAAUAGCAGCGCGUGGAUACAGCCCACUGUCGUCACGCAGGGGUUAAACGGGGGGAGGCGCGCUUCGUGUGUCUGGGUGGGGAGAAGCUGGAUGUGUAUCGGUGAACUUUUUCUUAAUUAGUCAGAGAAAAGUAAAAGUUAAAAAAAAGUUGACGUUUGUUCAUAUCAUAAGGGGGAAAAAGAAAUAACGCUUAACUGAGCGGCGCGGACUCGUCACUCAACAAUGGAAGGUGUCACUGAGGAGUCCUUACUGGACUUUAUUUUCUCGGCAGGGGGGAAAGUUAAGAAUUCAGAUUUGCUUAAAAGAUACAAAGAGUUUAUUAACCACAAGGACAAGGACAUUCGUGCUAAAUACAGAGAAGAAUUCAAGACUGUUAUUGACAAGAUUGCAGUCGUGAAGUCAGAAUCUGGUGAAAAGAUCCUGGUCCUGAAGAAGAAAUACAAGCAAAUGAUGGAGCAGGAAGCAGAGUGGACAUCCAGUGGGCAGGGGCUAAGGGGUAGCCCAGGCAGGCCAUCCAGCCCAGGAGGGGAUGAGGCAUCUGGGGCAAACGUCCAUGGGCAGAACUUGGGAGUUCCUGGUAUGGCAGCAGUGAAGGGUGCUGGAAUAGUGAGCCCCUGUGGUGAAUCCUGGUGUGCAGGCCCGACCAUCACCAUCACGGAAGCACCAGAUUCGCAACCUGUAGAUGAGGAGCAGCACAUAGAGGAGACUCCCUCCCUACCUGGACCUAGUCAAUCCCUGUCCCCACAAGCAGAAGAUUCCCGCACUCUGGUUCACAGGGAGGACGAGCUUAAUAGAGAAUGCGGGUCAAAGUCGGAGUCAGACCUGGAGCAGGACGAGGAGGGCACGGGCAGCGUGGGAUCAGCUGCGGUGGCUCUGGACCCCCUGGAGAAGGAGUGGAUGUACUCUGCGGCCUGCGGGCAGCUCACACACCUCACCGAGCUCCUGCUGCAGGACCCUACGCUGGCCUCUAAGAAGGAUUUCACAUCAUUCACUGCACUGCACUGGGCAGCUAAGCACGGAAUCAAGGAGAUGGCGGCCAUGAUGGCCAAUUCCGGGGCCGAUGUCAACACCAAGGCUAUACCAAUCAAUUUUUCUUAUUUUUGUAACCUUAUUCAUUUUGUCUGUCUUCCACUCUCCCGCUCGUACUUUUUCUUCUGCUGCCGUUCUGAUGGGCUCUUUGGGGUCUACCAGGGUGGCUACACCCCCCUGCACAUAGCUGCCUUACACGGUCAUCAUCACAUCAUGGACCUACUCGUCACGAGCUACGGUGCAAAGGAGAAUCUGCGGGACUACAGUGGACGCCUUGCUUAUCACUACCUUAACCCAAGGGAGCCAAGAGAAGACGACAACGAGCCCGAGCUCCAGUUGGCCCCGUCGGGAGAACGUAAGACUCGGCGCCUAGUGACGCUCUUCCACAACAAGAAGAAGUGGGGUUCAGCGGAGGACCUCCCCACGGUGAUCGAGGAGAGGUCAUCCCCCCAUCAGCUAGUGCUACCGCCAUUUCGGCCAAGGAAGUUCUCCCGCUAGGGCCCGGGAUUGAAUUACUCAUGAAAGAGAGUAUGGACACGCAGGGAAGGGAAUCACAUGAAUUUGGCCCUUUGUAGGCUGAGGCUGGGGAGCUGCGGUGCCUGUUUCCUAGCAGCAUGGCCUUCAACAGUAUUUAAUGAUUCCUUAAUACACUAAACACUUUUGUAAUUACAAAUGCAGUAUAUGAAUUCUAUAAAUGAAUGCAUGAAUUUCAUGCAAAAAUUCACAGUAGGUAUGCGCAUUAAUAAGUAAAUCUGUGAAAAUGCUGACAAUUGUUUCAGUUGUUUGUAGCAGGUGUUUGAUUCAGUUUUUAUUAAUCUUUAAAUUAAUUUAGAUAAGCUGGGAGAUGCAUUAGCUGUUAAAGUUUUUUCUUAAUGGGAAGAUGUCUGAGCAUUUUGCAGCCUCUUGUGUUCUGCCUUCCGCAUGUGUUUCUUCCGUGCUCAAGCGUAGCCGGUACCAAACUUCUUGCUGCUAUGAAAACUUUGAAAUGGCUUUACCUAGUCUGUGUCAGGUGCAGCUCGCUAGCUACGGCUUCGCCACUUCUGUGCUUUUCGUCUAGGUAUGAAAUCAGUCCUCAGGAUCCUCUUAGCGUCAGUGUGUUUGCAUUUUCCGUCUGUUUUUUGGAAAGAGUGAGUUAUUCACAGAAAUUGAAUCUGUGAAAAAUUUGAGUUUGAUGAGUAUUCUUUUAAAAUUUGGCUAUGGUUUGUGUAAAUUGGCUUUUUGAAUGAUUUUGUUUCCUCUUUUUUGUUAUAUAUCAAAAGCGAAUAACCUGCCUGUCUGCAGUAUGUGAUGUACUUAUGUGGCUCACACUGUUGUAUUACAGGAGCAAACUUUUUGUGUGCCGAAGAAGGCUAAAUGUUCAUCCGAAGGCUAUACCUAUGUCUCUGCUGCAGUUUUCUUUGUUAGCAUGUCUGGUUUUAUGUAACGUGUUACAUCGUUGAAUGUCUGUUGUAUGGUUUAUUGGUUUAAAAAUAUCUUCUUAAACUUUAA